AUUUCCAUUUACUGCUCCACAUUUCACCGGGAGCUUUGAGACGGUCUUUUUGUCGGCUUUGAUGUGUGAGGGGUGUCGUCAGGUGGUGUUAGGACUGUUACCGGACCUGCAUUCACAGACAGCAAUGAAUGAAUGAACCCAGAACUUCCUUUACUACCACUGCCCCCUCCUGCCUAAAACACCUGCCUCAUACUGCAUUUGCACACUUUAUGAUGAAACCUUGCCACCUUAUGGGGAAGUUUGUAGUCAUACGUUGCAGAUAGUGCGUGAGAUUAAAUAUGCUUUUUCUGUCCAAAAAUCUGCUAUCACAGCAGCCAAAACAUUAGACACAGCUGUAAUAAAAUCGGCUCAGUAAAGUAGAAUGCAGGAUGAGCUCAGCAAAGUAAAAAUUAUAAAAUGUGAUAUAUAUUGUCUCUGGUGGUGUUACGAUUCCAUAUUUAAAAAUCGUUAUCAGAAACGUGCAUGUCAUCUUUAUUCGGCCAAGUUUGUGCACACUUACAAGAUAUUUGAGUCCAGUUCACUUUGCUCUUUGGCAUGCAAAAAAAGAAAAAUGUUUAAAAAAAAGGCAGGAUGUAACGAAAGACAGAAUAAAAAAGCAAGUUGCAGAAAGUCUUAAGAAACUUUACAAACUAUAAGUGGAAAACUAUUUUAAGUGUUUGAUUGUUCUUUUUGCUUUCGUACAGCUAAACAGGAAGCAAUUUGCUCAUCAAUAGCGGAUGUUCCAGGCUCUGGUUGCCUAGGUAAUGUUCUACCUGGGUCAGUACAUCAUCCAGAAGCAGCUGUACGACCAGAAGCAGCAACACAUCGUCCACUGCGCCCAGGAUGCUCUGGGCCGUGUGCUGGGAGUCGACAGCUUCUCCGUGAAAGAGCCGCGGGUUCUGUUUGCAAUGAUCACCAAGAACCUGGUGGCUGUCAGGAGUCCAGAAUCAACAACAAGUCUGAGUGAGCCGCACAGCAGCAGCCAGACAGACAGAAGGACGGAGGCGGCAGAAACAGAAGGUUGCUCUUCAUCGCCUGACAGGAGGAGGAGAAGGAGGAGGAGAAGGUGGAGCUGCAGGAGCAAUGAGCCAGGUCCCUCACACAGUGUAGACGAGGGGGAUGUUGAAGAAGACUCGGAGGAGGAGGAGGAAGAGGGAGGCACGAAAAGGAGACGGUCUGACAGCUACUCGCUGACGUUCGACGACAGCCUGUCCUGGUGUGUGAUUGGAGGACUUGGGAGCGGGCGAGAAAGACACAGCAGCCAAUCAUCUGACUCGCACAGCACAUCUGGGAGGUCAGAGGUCACGGACGCAGCGUCAGACUCUGACAGCGACAACUUCAGUGUUGAAUUUGAAGUCGAGUCCAUAGAUUCAGAUGAUUACAAUGAAGAUGAUGCUUCUCUCUCUGCUGAUGAUCAGGUAUAUGAGGUCACGAUCUUCGAAGCAGAUGACGACGACUCCUUUGAUGAAGACACAGAGAUUACUGAAGCUGAUUACUGGCGCUGUGCGAAAUGCGAUGAGUUGAACCCUCCUCUGCCCAGAAACUGCCUCCGCUGCUGGGAUCUGCGCCAGGAUUGGCUACCUGAUGUGUCCGUCAACUGUGCCUCCUCCAGCCCUAAAGCCCUGCCCACAAAGCCGACCAACCUAUCAGCUGCCAAAGAACCUCCAGGUUCUGACAUGGAGGAGAACGGAGUCGAUGUUCCAGAUGGGAAGAGAUUAAAAACUCCUCCUCUGCACUCACAGUGUGCGUCCGACUCCACCUGCUCCUCCGCCGCUGCUGACUCCGCCUCCUCCGCACCAAACUCCCAGGAUCUCCUCUCAUGCUCCCAGCCUUCCUCCUCCUAUUCACAGGAGAAGCUCUGGACUCCCGAAUCCCAGCCCUCCUCUUCCUCACACUCAUCCUCCAUUGAUUCUCAGGAGCUUCUCCCACCUUCCCCUGCUCCAGCUGCAGCUCCAGCUGCUCCUCCUACCAUGCAAGUCCCCGAUAUGGAGCGCAGCGUUUCGGCGGAGUGGCGUCUGCCGGACUCGUGCCUGGACCCCUGCCUCAUCUGUCAGUCGCGACCAAAGAAUGGCUGCAUCGUGCACGGACGGACCGGACACCUUAUGUCCUGCUACGUCUGCGCCAGGAAGCUGAAGAAGAGGAACAAACUGUGCCCAGUCUGCAGGCUGCCCAUACAGUCUGUCAUCCUCACCUACCUCAGCUGAGACCACGCCCUUGCCCCCACACACCGCCCAUUCAUGUGAGCAUUCACAGCUGGUGUUCUCACAUGUGGACUUCCACAAACUUCAGAAUAAUGCAGAUACUUUGACUAAAUCCCAAAUAAAAUAAACUUUCAGUUCUCGGGCACAUGCGGGCACUUUCUUCAAAACUGAGAAGAUUUUCUUGAAAAAGUUAAUAAUUCUGCUAUUUGAACUGUUUCUCUGACCUUGAACCUCUGGAAUGAGCCCGUCAAGGGUCUGUCGGGUAACGCCAAGCUUCCCUUUGCUUCGGGUU